CUCGAUGGAAUCAGUAUUCAUAUUAGCUCCUCUGUCCUUCUGAAGGUUAUUUUAUACAUUUCCAACAUGGCUGCCUCGCGAGAGAAUGUGGAUGAGAGGGUUCUGAGACUAUGGAUGGCGAACUACAAAUCUAAGGUCUCCUCCCUGCAGCAACAUCUUGGAGAUCUUCUGACACAAAAGAAGUCCCUACAUUCCAGAGUUGUGGCGGAAGAAUUUGAAAAAUUUAAAUUAACUGCAAGUAGGGUUAUGAGUGGUGACGCCACGCCAGCUGACGUCAGACAAACUCUGAUUGGUCUAGAGAAAGCCUUGAAAAAAGAAGGACUAUUCAAAAAUGUCAAGUCGGGAUUUACACAUCUUAAGAAAGAGUUUUUAUCCAGCUCCACAAAUAAGACCAUCAGCAAGCCGCCAUCAGAUUCAACGGUGGAGAGACCUAAAAGAUCCACAACCUCUGUGAUCGGAGAAACAAAGAGGGAAGCAGAAAAAAGAAGAAUUCAGGCGGUAGGCGUGGGUAAUGAUGAGGUGAAGAACUUGAAUAAAGCCGUUGGGCGACUGUUUGACCACCUCAGAAUACAGAAAUUGUCUGAAAUAGCACGUGAAAGUACCGGCAUCACGCAUGGACGCUCGCCGACGACGCUGGCAAAAAGAGCAGACGACUCCGAUGAUUUUAAGGAGAUAAUUAAAAAGGUCCGAGGUCUGGAGAAUGAAUUAUUGAGACAAAAGGCCUCACAAACUUCAGAAUUAAAGAGACUGAGCGAAGAAAACAAGGGAUUGAGAAAUACAAUAACAGAAUUACGGAGGGAACAAGAAAGGUUAAAAGGACUGCAGCCCAUUACAAAGGCAGCAAAAGACAGACAAGUAGAGAAACUGGAGGAGCAGUAUAAUAAACAGAAGCGAGGAAUGGAGGGAAAGAUUGUAGAAUUGGAAUCAGAACUGCAGGAAAAUCUCAAUAUAACAUUGCGAGAGAAAGCUGAACUUGAGCAGAUGAUAGUUGAUGGCGUUUCCAAACUGAAGACCUCGAUUACGUCACUACACAGAAGAAUUUGUGGAGAAAAGCCCGAGCGCACUACAACCACUCUUACGCUAGAUGGCGUGACCGACGAGAAGAAGAGCAUCGACAUCCUCCUCCACAAAAUCACUCAGAUUGAGGAAAGCGCCAAACUGCUCGAGGAAAAGAACAGCAGACUAGGAAUCAUUCUAAUUGAGAAAGAUGACGAAAUUGAUAAGCUGAGAAACUCCUUGCUAGAAAUCUCGGAAGAGGUUAGCAAAAUGCAUGGAUCCAUCACAACUCUAGACAAGAGUUCCAAAGCUUCAAAGGAUGAGAAAACAACUUCUUGUGAAAUGGACACCCAUGAGACAAAGGCUGUGAUAACCAAACUACAACAUGUCAAUACAAGCAUACAACAAUUCAAGAGGAUCCUGCAAGAAAAAGAAAAAAGCACAGUUAAUCCUAAAAACAACGAUGACUUGAUCCCACUUAAACAACAAAUAAAUAAACUGUACGAAGACUUCGUCAAAGAUAAUCCAACUGUGAUCGAUACAUCGGAAAAACCGUCACGUGAUGAUUCUCCGAAGACACAUCGUGAGAGAUCGAACGAAAUUAAUCAACUCUUACAAAAACUUAGUCGGGUUGAGAAAGCUUAUAACGCUCUCAAACAACAGAACGAGCCUCCUGACAUGUGAUCAAAUGUCACGAAUAUCCUCCUAUAUUACUACUAUGUAGUGAAAGGGGGA